AUGGGUUGUGGAACAAGUACAGGAAAUAAUUAAGUUAAAGAACCAGAUGCCUACGAAGGAGGUGAAGUUGAUGAAGAUCUUGAAUUAGAAUUCGGAAAAACAAAAUUAGACAAGGCAGGAAAUCAAAUCAAUAAAUAUGAAACUAAAGAUCAAAAGCCUGAAGAGGAUAAUGGAUUAUUUGAAUUAGAAAAUAACCCUGAAGCAGAAAAGUUUAUGGCUGUAAAGCCAUGGAUUGGAGCUCUUAAAGCACCCUCUAAUCCUCCUUAAAUAGAUCCAUCUGCUCCUUCAACAAAACUCUAGUUAGAAUACAUAAAUGGCUAUAAAUGCGAAGACUGUAGAUCAAACUUGUACUAUACUUGUGAUUAGGGUAAAGUAGUUUAUUUUUCAGCUGCCGUGGGAAUAGUGCUAGAUAUCAAUGCUAAUAAGUAGGAAUUUUUUGGGGCAGGUUAAGUUGGAGAAAUCGAAGGUCAUAAUGAUGAUAUUGAGUCUCUUGAUAUUUGUCCCUAGCGCAAACUUGUUGUUACUGGAUAAAGAGGUCCAAAUCCUUUGGUUUUAGUAUGGAAUUGCCAAACUAUGGAAAUAGUGGCUAGGCUAUAGUUAGGAAGAGGUAACAGAGCUGCAAAAUGUGUAAAAUUUUCAAAGGACGGUAAGCAAGUGUUUGUAACUGAUGAACACAACGAUCAUAACGUUCAUGUAUUUGAUAUUGCUACUUAGUAGAAAAUAGCUUCAAACAAAACAGGAGGUGAUCCUAUUAUGGAUAUGGAUACUAGUAAUGGAACCUAUAAAUGUGCAGUGGCAGGAAAGAGAGGUUUAAUCUUUUUCGAAACUGGUCCAGGAUUCAUUAACUCUUCCAAAGGACUUUACGGAGCAACAGAAAGAGUCGAUAUGCUUUCCAUAAAGUUUUUUGAAGAUGGUAACAGAUGUAUUUCAGGAUCAAUUAAUGGAUCUAUUUAUAUUUGGAAUGGCAAAUAAGCAUCCAAAAUGAUACGUGCUCACUAAGGUGCUAUUCAUGUUAUUAAUAUCGUAUCGAAUUAAAUCUUUUCAAGUGGUGCUAAAGAUAAAAAAUUAAAAGUAUUUGAUGCAACAACACUAACAUAAAAAUAAGAAUAUGAUCUACCAAACUAUGCAAAAGCUAUUGAUUACUCAAAUGAUUAGAUAUUAGUAGGAACAAGAAAUGGAUAAAUUCUUCAAAUAAGUUAAAAUGAUGUUAAAACUUUGAUGAAUGGUCAUUUCACAGGUGAAACAUGGGGAUUAGAUGUAGAUAUUGCAACUGGAAAAGUAAUUUCCACUGGAGAUGAUAAUAAGAUUAUAGUGUUUGACCCUGUUAAAAAUACAGUAGAAGCUGAAGGCAUAGUUAACCCUUAAGCUGGAGCAAAGCCCAAAAUAGGAGGAGCUUCAACCCUUUCUUUAUACCCUCCUAAUUAAUGUUCAAGAGCAGUUGCCAUAAAUCCCUUAAACGGUCAUAUAGCAAUAGCAUCAAACUAUGGAGAUUUAUCAAUAAGAAAAGGCAUUAAAAACAUCAAUGAUAAAAUAUUCGAACAAAGAAUAUCAAAUGAGUGGAUCGAAGUUUUGUAAUAUAGUCCAAAUGGGUAAUUCCUAGCUGUUGGAUCUCAUGACAAUAAUAUUUACAUUUUUAAUGUUAAUGACAAUUACACAAAAACUGCAGUUUGUAAAGGUCAUCAAUCUUUUAUUACUUCAUUAGACUGGUCAAGAGAUGGCUAAUUUAUUUAAUCAAAUUGUGGGGCUUAUGAGUAUCUAUUUUUUAAUGCUAUGGAUGGAUAAUAAUUAACAGCUGGUGCUUCUCAACUCAGAGAUGAAAAAUGGUAAACAUUUACUUGCAAAAUUGGUUGGCCUGUCUAAGGUGUUUUCCCUCCUUGUACAGAUGGCUCUCAUGUUAAUGGUGUAUCAAGAAGCCAUGACGAAAGUAUUAUUUCAACUUCAGAUGAUUGGGGUUUUGUAAAUUUAUAUAGAAACCCUUGUUUGAAAUCCCACAAAGCUUUGAGUUAUAGAGCUCAUUCUUCUCAUGUAGUGAGGGUUAAAUUUGAUAAAAACGAUUAAUAUUUAUAUAGUGUAGGUGGAUAUGAUAAAUGCUUAAUGAAAUGGAAACUAAUACAUUGA